GCUUUGUGUGUGCACAGUGAAGCCACCUCUGGGGUCAGGGUGGCCCAGGGGAAUGAGCGGAGCCUUCAGGAAGGGGAGGAUGUACAUGAGCGCCCUGGUGCGUACCUUCCAUUUUGGCAUGAGAGGAGCUCUCUGAUCCUUAGAAGGUUCCUUGCUCUGGUCUUUGGUACCUUGUAAUGAGAGGGUGCAGGUUUCUCCAUCAGACGGAAGAGCCGCUUCUCUGUGUGGAUUCACUGUGUCGGACCUGGCCCAUUUAUGCUGUUUCUCAGGCAAGACUCCUUGUGGUUCAGUAUCAAGUCGUGCAGCUGCACCAUGUUUCCCAAAACAUUCUUGCCUUUGCUUUCAGGGACUGGUACCCAUAUUCUAGCUGGGUCGUGGUAAUAGAAGGUGGAAGCUCCUUCAUAUCCAGGGUUUCUUGAAUACAGCCACACUUAUGUUAAGGAGAAAUAUGCAAAUCUAUUUGGUUUUUUUAACCCUAGAAGUUUUCUUGGCUUACUCUGCCUUGUCUUACCACGCGCCAUUCAGUUCUGCAGUGUUAAGGGAAGAGAAGCGAUGCCCCCCCAGAAACAUCCUGCUGCACUCCCCACCUCUACCGUGUCUUCUAACGAAGAGAACAAGGACAUUACUGACCCAGACAAGUUCUGUAGCCUCUGCCACGCCACUUUUAACAACCCCCUUAUGGCAAAACAACAUUACGUAGGCAAGAAGCACAGAAAGCAAGAGACCAAACACAAGCUGAUGGCACACUAUGGCCGAACCCCUGACGCACCGGCAUCGUCCUUCAUGGAGCUAUUAGAGAGUCCAUUGCUGGAGUCAGAAGAGGAACAUCUCCUGCUGGACCCGGGCAAUGUGUUGAAGCUGUACUGUGAUGCCAACCAGAGUGGUGCCAGCGUGGUCUGGUACAAGGAGUCCCGGCCGCUCGUCUCAGGGGGCCGCAUCCGUCUCCAGCAGAGCCUGCUGGAGAUCUUGGAGGUUUCCUACGAGGACUCGGGGCUCUAUGUGUGCCGGGUGCGGGGAACGGGGGAGAUCCUGCGCAACUUCACCAUCUCUGUUGUGGACUCGUUGGCGUCAGGUGAUGAUGAUGAAGAUAGUGAUGGGGACAGUCCUCACAGAGAUGGAAAUGAGGAGCCGGUCUAUGUGCACAGAGCUCCUUACUGGACUCAUCCUCACCGGAUGGACAAGAAGCUGUAUGCGGUGCCCGCAGGGAACACAGUGAAGUUUCGCUGCCCGGCCUCGGGCAGCCCCAGCCCCAGCAUCCGCUGGUUCAAGAAUGGGCGCGAGUUCCGGGGGGAGCACCGCAUCGGGGGCAUCCGGCUCCGGCACCAGCACUGGAGCCUAGUGAUGGAGAGUGUGGUGCCCUCUGACCGCGGCAACUACACUUGCCUGGUGGAGAACAGGUUUGGCAGCAUCCACUACAGCUACCUCCUAGACGUGCUGGAGAGGUCCCCGCACAGGCCCAUCUUGCAGGCUGGGCUGCCCGCCAACACCACAGCCCUGGUGGGCAGUGAUGUGGAGUUCUUCUGCAAGGUCUAUAGUGAUGCCCAGCCCCACAUCCAGUGGCUGAAGCACAUUGAGGUGAACGGCAGCAGCUACGGUCCCGACGGGGUCCCCUAUGUGCAAGUGCUCAAGACCGCAGACAUCAACAGCUCUGAGGUGGAGGUGCUGUACCUGCGCAAUGUCUCUGUGGAGGAUGCUGGCGAGUACACCUGCCUGGCAGGGAACUCCAUCGGUCUCUCCUACCAGUCUGCCUGGCUUACGGUGCUGCCAGAAGAGGAGCUGGUGCGGGAAGCUGAAGCCCCUGAGACCAAGUACACGGACAUCAUCAUCUACACCUCGGGCUCGCUGGCCGUGGCCAUGGCCAUCAUCAUCGUGGUGCUGUGCCGGAUGCAGACUCAAUCAAGCAAGCAGCCCCUGGAGCCCAUGGCAGUCCACAAGCUCUCCAAAUUCCCGCUCAUCCGACAGUUCUCCCUGGACUCCAGCUCCUCCGGGAAGUCCAGCACAUCCCUGAUGCGCGUCACGCGUCUCUCCUCCAGCUGCGCCCCAAUGCUGGCUGGGGUCAUGGAGCUGGACCUGCCCCUCGAUGCCAAGUGGGAGUUCCCCCGAGACAAGCUGGUGCUGGGCAAGCCCCUGGGCGAAGGCUGCUUUGGCCAGGUCGUGCGGGCAGAGGCUUACGGCAUCGACAGAGACCGGCCAGACAGAGCUGUCACUGUGGCUGUCAAAAUGCUGAAAGACAAUGCCACCGACAAGGACCUGGCUGAUCUCAUAUCUGAGAUGGAGAUGAUGAAGCUCAUGGACAAGCACAAGAACAUCAUCAACCUCCUGGGAGUGUGCACACAGGACGGUCCUCUGUACGUGAUCGUGGAGUUUGCUGCCAAGGGCAACCUGCGCGAAUACCUCCGUGCCCGCCGCCCCCCAAUGCCUGACUAUGCUUUUGACAUGGCUGCCACGCCUGAGGAGCAGCUUUCCUUCAAGGACCUGGUCUCAUGUGUCUACCAGGUGGCCCGUGGCAUGGAGUACCUGGAGUCCAAACGGUGCAUCCACCGUGACCUGGCUGCCCGCAACGUGCUGGUCACGGCAGAGAGUGUGAUGAAGAUCGCUGACUUUGGCUUGGCCAGGGAUGUCCACGACAUCGACUACUACAAGAAAACCAGUAACGGUCGCCUGCCAGUGAAGUGGAUGGCACCUGAGGCCCUGUUCGACCGUGUCUACACCCACCAGAGCGAUGUGUGGUCAUUUGGGAUCUUGAUGUGGGAGAUCUUUACGCUGGGGGGCUCCCCCUACCCUGGCAUCCCUGUUGAGGAGCUCUUUAAGCUGCUGAAGGAGGGGCACCGCAUGGACCGGCCAUCCAACUGCACACACGAGCUGUACAUGCUGAUGCGGGAGUGCUGGCAUGCCGUGCCCUCGCAGCGCCCCACCUUCAAGCAACUCGUGGAGGGGCUGGACAAGAUCCUGGCAGCCGUUUCAGAGGAGUACCUGGAUCUCUCCAUGCCCUUUGAGCAGUACUCACCCUCCUGUGAGGACACCGCCAGCUCCUGCUCCUCCGAUGACUCCGUCUUCACCCAUGACCCACUGCCACUGGCUCCCCGCCUCUUCUCCUACCCCAGCGUGAGGACUUAAGGGUGGCUGGGGAAGGGUGAUGCCGCGGCUGCCUCUCACUCACGGGGAGUGAGUCCAGCUUACCGCAGGCUCCCUGCUUCGCCCGGUGUGAGCAGUGGGCAGGCAGGGCUACGAGCUGCAGGGCCAGAGCAGGGUGUCCUUCUCUCUCGGUUGUGUUUCAGCACCGAGCCUUCAGUCCUGGUUGGGACCUGCCUGGCAUUGCAGGGCAGCGGGAGCCAGAGCCUCUGCAGGGUGGGCACUGCCUGGGAUGCUCAUGGCAUCGCCCAGGGAGCUGGGCUUUGGCUUCAGUGGAAGUGUCUGUGGGCAGGAGCCCUGCUGCCUGCCGGGCUCCUGCUGCAUCUGUACAUAGCCACAGAGAUGAAUAUUUAUGUAUGUGAAAUACCGACCUGAUAAAUUAUUUUUUUUGGAAUAGA